AUGCCGUCCAAACGCAUGACCCCGGAACAUGCCCAGGUGGUGAUGUUCUUUUUCUACGUACUCGCAGUGGGUACCAGCAUCCGGAUUGGCGGACUCGGGCAGUGUAUAACGCUCAUUGGACUCGGCGUCUGGUACAACGAUGCGAGGGGCGCGGAUGCAAGUCGCAUUCUGCGCAAUUUCAUCAACGGCCUAGGGUUCAUGUCUUACGCUUCGGGCGCUGUGCAGCUGGAGCUUGGCCCAUCGCAGUGGCAAUUUUUCAUCCGGGUAGAUAGAAUGGGUCUGCUAUGGCUGGCUAUCAUUGGUGCGAUCGUCUUCACCACCGUCCAGACCCAGGAUCUGUAUGACCAGGCCGGAGACAGGGCUCGAGGCCGGAAGACGCUGCCUCUGGUAAUUGGCGACGCUAGCGUACGCUGGGUGACAGCUGCACUGAUGUUUUUUUGGGGCAUCAUUAGCCCACGUUAUUGGGGAUGGCUGCAGAUAGAUCAGAGCACGGUCUUGUUUUGGAGCGGGACCUACAUGGCAGCCCUUGCAUGCAUCAUUGCCGGUCGUACUUUGAUGCUGCGGACUGUCCCCGCAGACAAAGUCACUUUCUUGCUGUGGAAUUUGUGGUUGGUCAGUCAGUACGCUUUGCCGCUGUGCGCUGGUCUCGGACGAGCAGGUGAGGUGUGA